GGGACACCACCAGGCAGAAAGUACCGAGGGAUUCGCGCGAGAGGCGUCUUCCGUAGCUGUUUCUGCUUCAGGCGUUGUCGUGUCGGUCGGCGUUUGCACAUCGUUUGCUUGCGUAGUACCGGAUCACUCAAGGAAUCUAGCCAAUAAUACAUCGAAUAAACCUACGUUGCCGGAUGUCCGAGCGAGUUUCUUGGAUCGGCGUUGGGUUCGUUCGUCGGCGCCUCCAGCGCCGCCCAUAGCGUGCGCCAGCGGGAGGGGUUCUAGCACCGAUCCAAGAAGUUUGUGCUGACCUCCUAAAGUCCCUUCUUCUUCUAUAUAAACAGGCUAUGCUCAUAGCUGCGAUUUGCCUCUUGCAUCUUGUUCAGGCUGCUGCCUUGAAGCUCGACGAUCGCCCGCGUAGCUUGCCCGUCAUCCUCGUUCACAUUCACAAGGGGUUCGGAAGUUGGGCAUGCCAGCAGGCUGCUUUUUCGAAUGGUGAGUCGGUGGUUGCACCCGCCGAAAACUGCAAUUGGAUACCACAUGAUACACACGCUCGUUCGAUUGAAGGCCACACGGUAGCCAACACAAUCGCUGAGCUUCGCGUGAAGCAUAUGACAUCGGGUGGGUUCACUUUUGGAAUGAUCGAACGGCCUUUGUGGGCUGAAGACUACCGAUGGACUCAUUUCCAUUAUGCCGUUUUGAUGCGGCACCCGCUCAAAGAAAUGGAUUCAAACUUGAAUUACGAGAUUGCACGCGAUGAUCAUAAAGAUGCGUGGUGGAGCCUUUCAAGCCUGAAGAGGGCGCUUGGCUUGGACCCAGAUUCUAAAGGCGACGAUUGGCUUGACCUCCUUUUAUCUAUGAUCCAGCAUCGGAAGCAAGGACGCCUACUCAAUAACUACGGGUGGAGCUCGUGGAAGGCUCUCGACAACUUUAAGAUUCGCGUGCUUGUGGCGGAGGCGUGGACGUUACCACCUGGAGGUGUAAAUCGCACCCACCUCGAAAUGGCAGUCGAGCGGUUGAACAAGUUCUACGCCGUAGGUGCAGCCGACGAAGAUGAUGUCAUCGAUGCCAACUGCCAGUUGUUUGACAGGCUGAGGUGGACCAAUGUUAGCGCAUCCCUAAAGGUCAACACGGCCCCAUUCGCGAAGCUCAACCUGACUAGAGGGCGAGAAGAAGUGCUUCGCAGGCUGAACGCGCUCGAUUUCGAGCUCUACGAGCAUGCCAGAGCCCUCGCCGAGGAGGGGCAAGGGCCCGCUCGGCGCAGACCCAGGCGCUUUCUGCACCUCGUCGAGUGACCCUGAGCGCUCGGCGGCUCGCAAGAGUACGGCUGUGCGGGGUGGGGCGACCUUCUGCUGAAAAGGGGCACCCGUUGCAGGAGCCCGUGUCCGAUCCAAGAGAGCUGCUGGCAGCUCCGAAGAGUUACGCUUAUGCCACUGCUUCCUUGUCUGGAUUCUUGUCCGGCCUGCAGGGCCGAGCCCGAUCGGCGAUCCCAUGCGGUAGAUUGCCGGCGAAAUCCUGGGCGAUCCGGGCGAUCGUCCGAUUCGGUGCCGUCCUGGCCAAAAGCGCCUAUGGACACAGUGGGCGCGUCCAAAGACAUUUUCGGGGUGGAUGCGUCUAUGGACAAUGUGGCCGUUGCGGUCCGCGCGGUGCAAGGUCGGAG